UCCCACGCACUCACUCUUAGAAGUAUUCGUAUUGUGUCGUCGCACACUACCCGCCAUGUCCGUACGACGACUAACCUUUCGGACAACACUCCGGGAAAAUAGUGAAACACGAACAUCAAGCGAUUAUGUAAGAAACUAAGCCGUGUAACCGGACCUCCGAAAACGACGGAUAUCCGCAACUAGAAAAUUUCAGACGACGACUCAUUCCUCCAAUCUCUUGAAUUCGGAUGAGGCAGUAGAUUUCCUAUGAUCCCGGGCGGCGAUUAAUACCAUUAUGAAAAUUCUAUGUCUACACGAUGAUGGAGAGAAUAAGGAAAUAUUGCAAUCGGAAUUAGCUUCUCUACUCCCAAAAUUGCAGGAUUCGAACGCAGAUCUCUCAUUCGAGUUCGCCAAUGGUCCUUUGCAAGACUCGAAUCUAUCGACGAACAAUUCGUCACUAAAUGAGUCGCCUCGCUACAGAUUUUAUGAGGCUGAGGAAGUCAAAGACAUUCGCAAAGCUAAUAAAUGGCUAGCGAAGAAAUUAGAUGAUGAUGGGCCUUAUGAUGGCGUGCUAGCAUUUUCUCAAGGAGCUGUCCUUAUUUCCAGCUUCCUUCUAUAUCGGCAAUGGUACGAUCAUGAGCUAUCGCCCGCAUUCAAAUUCGCUAUCUUCAUUAGCGGGUGUAUCCCGCUCAAAGUUCUGAAAGACCUGGGUGUCCCGGUUCCGAAACAAGCAGAGGAUGCAGUGGCGCAGGCCAAAACACAGUGCGCUGAGGGUCUCGGCCCGUUACUGGACCAUACUUCAAAGGCGCGACGAGCCGUGUUCAACUCGGAUGACUGUUUUGGGCUGAAUUUGAACAAAAUUCCACUAGAGCUGAAAAUAAGGAUUCCGACUGUUCAUGUAUGGGGAGAAAAUAGUCCCAUGUUUCCAACUUCAGUUCAACUUGCAGGACUCUGCGAUCCCUAUAUCAGAAAGAUUUUCAUACACCCCGGAAAGCACGAAAUACCUCACGGCAGACAGGAAUUGAUGGAGUUGGCGUCAUUAAUAGAGUGGUGCAUCGAGCGCGGCAACUGGCCUGGGCAAAUUCCACAGUAAAUAAGCGAUUAGAUCGGCGAUUAGCACCUAGGCAGAAUACCUCCCCUGGUUCACUUACGAUGGGUAAUACUUGGGUCAUACGAGACCCCUUGUCCACGUUACACAAAGCGCAUUGUAUUACCAUCAAUUCCGCCAUCCACAAGCAAAAGGGAAGAAAAGGAAAAGAAAAAGUGAGCAGAUCUGCCAAAUAAACCCAUAUUUUUAACAGCGACUCCCCGGGAAGAUACGAUGCGGCCGUAAAUGCUUCACAUGAUCCGCCAUACUUUUUUGCGAAUAAAGCUCUUUUAAGGUCGAGGGGAAUUAUGAACAAACCAGUUCUUCUACCUACUAGUCGAGAUCCAGCCAGGCGCAUGAAGCGCGUUAUUCAAAUUCGUGUCGUACAAAGAAACGGAGUGGUCCAUCAUCUAUCCCGUACGUUGCUUUUUUUCUAGGUCGCUUGGCAUCAUCUAUUGUUUGUAUACUGCAAAACUAGAGAGAUACCAUUCG